AUGGCCAACUCAAAACCCUCACCCUCAAAAUCCUCACGACCACCCCUUCUAACAACCCUCUUCGCCCUCCUCUUCACCCUCCUCACAGCCGCAGGCGUCUACUUCAUCCGCAUCCAACCAGUCAUCACCCCCUUCUCCCAAAACCUCACCGAUCUCGUCGAAGCACAAAAACUCCAAGAUGGCUCCCGCCUCUACACGACCUACACCGGUCUCAAACCCCUCGACAUCGCCCUCACCUACCUCGUCGCCUCCUUCGCCCAAGGGCCCCUGGGUCUCCACGAGGCGGCGAGAAUCCAGCAGAUUCAUUUUCUGCUAAACUUCUUCCCGGCCGUGGUGAUCUGGAACGUCGAGGCCUAUCGGUCCAGGAACCGAUGGGGUUUCCUUAGCUUCCACGCCGCCUGGGCAACCCUCUACCAAACAGUCGGCGGCGGCGUCAUAAUCCCCCUCUACCACCUCGUCUACACCCUCCUCACCACAAAGAAAACCUACCUCGUCUCAGGCGGCGCCGUGCCCCUCCCCCUCGCAAAGGCCCUCCUCCCAUCAACCCUCCUCCUCUUCGCCCUCCCCACCGCAGCAAUGUACUUCCCCUAUUCCUCACCCCGCCUGUCCCAAAACCUCAUCGCCUUCUGGCAGGUGUCCCCCGUCAUCCUCAACGCCGGCAUAUGGCUCCUAGCAAGCACAAUCUACAAGUCCUCCUCUUCCCAAACCCCCGAGACCAAGACCACCACCCGCCAGCGAACAACCCUCACCCUCGCCCGCCUCUACACCGCCUCCGCCCUCGUCGCCGCAACAUCCCACUUCUACACCCUCUACACCCUCCUCACAUCCACCAACAAAUCCCUAACCCUGAUUAACGUCUUCCUGCCCCUAAACGACGUCUCAAACGGCGACGUCGCCACCAGCCUCUUCCAGCUCUUCCAAUGGGACUUUUGGCUCAUCUUUGGCUCCUCGAGGCUGUGGUGCGCGCUCGUCGUCUACGAUGUCCAGAAGCAGCUGCACGGCAGGGUCAACCUGAAAAAGUUUUUCUGGUACUACACCUUGACCAAUAACUUGAGCUUGAUCGUCGGACCCGGGGCCGUGUUGGCAGGUGUCUGGCGGUGGAGGGAAGAGCGGCUGGUUGAGAUUGAGGCGGCGGCUGGUCGUCAGCAAAAGGAGCAUUCUCUCUAG